AAAUUCAACUUUUUACCUUAGAAACGAACAUAAACAGACAGUUAUACGGCUCGGUUUAGAUCUCAACGUCCCGGAAAGGAGUUCGUGAAAGCAGCUUAGAAAUGUCCUCCGAUGAAGAAAGUGUUGAGGACGAGGGAGCACCUUAUCUUGGGGAAUACGAAGGAGACAGAAAUGAAGACGAGGAGCGGCAUGGUAGUGGCAAAGCUAAAUUGCCGAAUGGUGAUAUAUAUGAGGGAGAAUAUUCACGUGGAAAGCGGCAUGGACAAGGAACUUACAAGUUUCAAAGCGGAGGAAAGUAUACCGGAAGUUACAUCAAUGGGAUAAAACACGGCGAAGGGGCAUUUUUCUACCCCGAUGGCUCCAAAUACGAAGGGUACUGGUUAAACGACGUCCGUCAUGGCCGUGGAAAAUACACCUACCCGAAUGGGGACAUUUACGAGGGGGAAUGGGCCGACAACCAACGCCACGGCCAAGGGGUGUACAGCUAUGCGGCCACCGGGUCUAAAUACAGGGGGAUGUGGGUGCAGGGGAAAAUGGAGGAGGCCGGAGAGCUCAUUCACGCCAAUCACCGUUAUGUGGGAGGUUUUCAGCAAGAUAAACCCAAAGGAAAGGGCAAAUAUGUGUUUGAUAACGGAUGCGAGAUGCUAGGAAGGUAUGAGCUGGUAGAAGUUGUAAUAGAGCCUGAAACAGAAGAGGAGGAUUCCGUGAUUGUGGUGGAACCGAAGUGGAAGAUAGAGGAACUGGUAUCGCUGGAAUAAGUUCAGAACUAAAAGCACGUUUUAUAUGACCUUUCAUGAAAAUAUGACAAGAGCUCUUUUAUCAGUGUCAUUUUCGCAGUCUUAAUCUUUUCACUCCCAAGAGUUCAUUUUAAAAAAUUAGAAAAAUUUGUUGCAACUUAAAAAAAAACAAACAAUGGCCACACGAACGUACCGCUUAACAGCUUUCAUUUAGAUUGUUGUAAUACAAACUAGAGUUUCAAGUACAGACGUAAAAGUUAGAACCGCCUUGUAUACAGGAUAAUAAACAGUACCACAUGAAAGUACUGCUCAAAAGCUUUCAUUUGAAUUGAAUAGUCACACACUGUGUUUUUUUAGGAUCACCUUUUAACAGCCUUUACGGCAUAACAAACAGUACCUCAUGCCAGAAUUGUUCAGUAGAUUUAAUUCGUAUGCUCAAAAGCUGCGGCAUCAUACUCAGACUUAAUGAAAGCACACCAUCUAGAUUUACUACAGAAAUAUGAAACUGUUCUUAUCAGGAAUGAUCACACCACACUGUUUAUUUACGACUGGCGAUGAAACGUGAAAUCUCCUUACUCUGUACAAUACAUUUCAUUCAAAUUUAGUUCUGAGAAUUUCUUAGUUCACUAGAUCACGACAAUAUCGGUAGCUGAAUAAAGUACUUUUUAAUUCUUAAUCUUACUUUCUUAGUUAAACCCGGAUUAUUAGUAGCGCUUGCCAAUUUUCCUGAAGCCAUAUUUGUUUAAACAUGUACAUGGGCAGUGCCUCUUCUGGGUCGACACAUUAGACGUACUGACGAAGGGUUACAAGACAUAUAAUCAUAAAAUAUAACAUACAGACGAAACUAAAUGACUGAUUUAUUAAAAUACGAGGGAGUGUAUACACAAGUUGUUGCGUGUAGUAUCGCUGGAAUACGUCUCGACCUAAAUUUACACUUUUACCACUUAACUCAAUUUACUGCCAAAGAAAUGUCAUUCUUUCGUAAACGUUAACUGACAUUGGAAAGUUUAGUUACAUUAUCUGCCAGCUUAGUUCAUAUUAUCAUGUUAUUUUUACAACGAGAUAUUUUAAGGGAUCAGCUAUAUGAUAUAAAUUAAGUUGACACUCAGGUAUCCAGCUAAGCACGGCCCUUAGACUAAAUAUGCAUGUGGUCCUAAUUAGCGGGAGUACAUUGUCUGUUCAAAUGAAAAACAAAUAUUUUAAUUAACGAUCAAAUAAAGUCAACAAAGUUCAACAAAGUAUUGUUCAAUAAUUACAGAAGUUUUCAUCGCCGUCUGACUCGUCUGUGCGAGUUCCAUUCCAGUUUAAGUACCUAUUCUUAACUGAUGUUUCAAACUCGUAAAAAAAUGCGCCAUGAUACAAAACUAUUCGAACAGUGUGCUCAGCUAGUAUUUUAUACUAAGUUACGACAUCGCUAAACGUGGGAGAUUUCUCUUAUCUGACGACUAUCAUCAGAGUUUUCAGCGUAAAAGUAUUUUACUUUCCCUUCAGACAUUGUAAAGCGUGUUGUGUACAUUUUUCCAUCCAGGUCAAGGGUGAUGAGUUGUGCGGCAAAGCCAGUGGAAUUUUCUUCGGCUUCGUCCUCAAUUUUACCUUGUUGUGUUUCUUGGUGUACCCGUUUGCAGCCAAGAGCUAUCGCCAAUAUAGCUCCCGAACAGAAUGUAGCGAUGCCCGUAAUAAUAAACUUGUUAGCUCCUUCGCCUUGAGUUGCACCCACCACAAUCAACAAAACUCCCAGACUCAUUAGAGUUACGUAAACUGCGCCGAGGACUUUGUACCAAACAGAGACUUCUUGGUCCUUCUGUCGAGUCCAGGGACAAAACAGCUGAUAAGGGGAUUCUGGAUAUCGAUCAAAUGGGGCUUUAGUGAGGUCCAUUUUGUUUUAAGGUGAACUGCAGUAACUGGCACAGAUAAAGUGCUGAAGUCGUCCCGCUCUGGCUGUACUGAAAUAAGAGUGUUUGUUCGGCUAGAGGUUCGCGUUUGUGCAGAAUCUUGGCAAAAAAUCAGGUCACCGCUUGUUGAAUCAUAUAAUGCCGUGGAAAUUGAUUCUAGCCUGCUCUUUAGUUCAAAUAACAGCACCAGGUUAGUUCAGUUCAAAUUCGCUUGGGCUUGUAAAAAAAUAGUUGGAAAUACUGAACGCGACUAUCCUAUUUUGUUCUGUCAGGGACAACACUGCCCUUAGCAUCCGGCGUAACUACAACAGCACUGUUCGGCUUAGCGGUGGACCAUUCGACUUUUGAGGGGGAGCUAGUAGGUAAUUUGGUAUAGGCAAGAGUUUUCUU